CAAGAAUUUAGUACAACAGGGUAACUUUUACCCUAAAAAGUAGUUAAUCUGAAUUAAGUCUGUUUUGCAGAAUUCUAAAUAAAUGAUCAGCGUGCAGAGAAGACCGUUCUCUUUCUGACAGCUGACUGUGAACGAUUUAAAUCUAGUGUUGUUUAUUAAGAAGAAUACCCUUCCGCUCUAUUUCGUCAAAGUUUUAUUAGUUCUCGGAUAUAUUUCGGAGUGGACCUGUUUCGGAUAGUUCUGGAGUCUACGAGGUUACUUCCUCGGUUCUAUUUGGUACAGUAGUGGAUACAUUAACUGGCGACGAGGAAAACGACGGCGACGACAAGGUGGCCGCUAUUUGAUCCCGGCAGAUUGCACCCGAAGGAAAAGGAUUUCACGGUUCGGACUUUUAUCUGAGGCAGUAAGGAAAUCUUUAAAAAUUAGGAAACCAUCUGGAUUGAUAAAACUGUAAGUUAACGGGAAGUAGAGCGAAAGAAAUUGUGUUAAAUUUUCAUACCGACGCCAAGCAAUUUAUAAAAAGCCAUUUUGUUUUUUAGCAUAGCGUCAAUUUUUUUUCUCAGGUGAGGAUAAAUUGCAGCAGUGGUGCCAGAUUUUCUUCGACGAUAUUUUAAAGAAAAAUUAAAUUAAACUUUAUUUCGUGUUAUUCAUUAUUCGUUUUGCUUUGGUUUUAUAGUGAGAUAAAUCUAUGUGAGGCAAAAUUCUUAUAUUAUUUUUGAUCUUUUAUUAGGUCGCUGUCUCAUAAGGAGUUUCUAUCUGGACGUUUCUGACUAAUUUGUUGGACGAAGACGCAGCGAUAAUUUCGUUUAAUUUGACGGGAAAUCCAUAGGAUCGAUUACACGUAAGCGUUAAUUAUUGCGGAUCCUCAGAGUGAAAUUUUGAAUAGUUUUAAUAUUCAAAUGGCGCCCACAGUUGCAGCCACGAUUGAACCAUUCCGGAACGGCACGUCCUUCGGAGAUUGGGCUACACGAUUGAAAUAUUUUUUCAUCGUGAAUAAAAUUGAAGAUGAUAACGACAAACGGGCCUACUUCAUAACUAUGGGUGGUCCAGUAAUAUUUUCUCAAUUAAAAUUACUUUUUCCGACUGGCAAUUUUGAAAAUGUUCCCUAUGAAGAGCUAAUUAGCAAACUGAAAGCUCGUUUGGAUAGAACCGAAUCGGAUUUAAUCCAACGACUUCGUUUUAAUACUCGUGUCCAACAACCCGACGAAACCUUACAAGAUUUUGCUUUGUCUUUAAGGUUACAAGCCGAAUUUUGUAAUUAUGGUGAUUAUAAAGACCAGGCCAUUCUGGAUAGGAUGGUUGCCGGGGUAAAAGAUAUUGAGUUGAAAAAAAAGUUGUUGAGCGAAAAUAAAUUGAAUCUUGCUACGGCAGAAAAAAUUUUGGAAACCUGGGAGAUGGCAAGUGCGAACUCCAAACCUAUAACUGAGAAAGAAGACGAAGCUUUCGCUUUGAAAUUUGUUCCUGCUAUGGGCAGAGGGAAAAUUUUACAAAAUCUUGCUGAUGUUUAUAAAAAUAACAGUGGUAAAUUUGAAGAUAAAACACGUAUCCCAGUGAAAGACAGGCUCGGUUAUAAGAAUUUGACCGAUCGACGAUUCAAAAAAGUGCAAUUUGAGAACGCUAGAGAUUAUAAGGGACAGAAGCCUGCCGAGUGGAGGAAUGAUUUUAGGAGACAACCAGUGUUGGAUCGACGUGUUUGCAAUUUUUGUGGAAUACAAGGACAUGUAGCAAGGAAAUGUUACAAACGACGGAUUCAAAAACAGCGUGAGGUCAAUCUGGUGGAUGUUCCUGGUAGCAGCAAGGACAGUGUGUCUGAUCUUCUUAAUCGUCUGAAUACUAAAGAUUCUGAUGACGACGGCGAUUCUGAUUCAGGUUCAAAUUGGAAACGCGCAAAUUCUCGCCCAUCGUACUCAACUUAGAGUUUCGAAAGAUCCGGACUCGGUGGUUCGGCCAAACGCGCUGAUAACUGUCAGACCACGAAGAAGAUUGGAGGGACAACAUGAAACGACAUUGCAAGAUGAAGAAGAAGAAGAGAAACGACAGGAGCCAAACUAUGAACAAACCAACCGAAUUCCGCGGCUUGGUUGGCCGGUGGACAGAAAAUCUAUUGACGAUGAAGUUUGUUUUCGUGGAUUCCCAGAAGAAAACUUAGAUACGAAUUCUAAGACUAGGAAACGCAAAGCUACAAAGGAUGCUAUCGAAGCACCCCUCAGAAGAUCUAAAAGACGUCGGAAAAAUUUAAGUUUUGAUGAUUAUGUAUUGUAUAAAUGAUAAUUUUGUCGAUUUGU